CCGCGCCUUCUUCCACCUCUACUCUCUCUCCUACCUGCCUCACGAGUCUCCCCAUCUCGUCAUGAGCACUCAGUUCGACCCGAACAACGCCCAAAACUUAGUCGAGAUCGAGAAACAGUUCGCUGUCAAGGCAGUCGAACACGCCCAGGUAUACUGGAACCUUCUUGAGAAAGUACAGCCAAGGGAGCUGCGAUUGACAAAAAUCGACGAUGAAAUUUUCAAUGACCUCUCCGAAAAAUUCCCCGAGCUCGUCAAAGAGCCAUAUGACGGCCUAAUCAAACUCAAUGAAGAAUGGAUGAAGAGUCCGGAUGGCAAGAAACGCUGGCGUGAAUUCAUCGAGGCGUACAACGAUAAAGUCAAAGACUACAACUUUGGUUCCCUCAUUCGCACUGACUGUCGAGAUGAAUAUGGGGAGAAGAACACAAUUUUCGUAACCCGUAUGCAGUUCUGCGCAAUUGAGAUCGCACGCAACCGCUUAGGCCUCAACGACGCAGCCCACGAGCUCGCAAAGCGAGAAGCCGAGAAAGAACGUCAACUUAAGGAAAAGGAGAAGCAAGACGCAGAGAAGGCAAAGAAAGGCAAGACUAAACGGUCAUGACACGCAGUUCCUCAAGAGAAAAGGGAAAUUGGGGAUAGGGCUGUACGGCGUGCGAGGGAACAGAAAUAUGGGGUCUCGGGCGGAAGUCACUCUGUACAUUGUCAUACCUUGCUGCGUGUAUUAUUAGGAUAAUAUCGCUAUUGCUAUUGCUUCCGUU